AUGGAAUCAGCUGAGAAAGAGGAAAUCAGUGUUGAAGAUGAAGCUGUGGAUAAAAGCAUUUUCAAAGACUGCAGCAAGAUUGCUUUCUACAGGCGUCAGAAACAGCUGCUCUCCAAGAAGUCUACCUAUCGAGCAUUACUGGACUCAGUCACAAUAGGCAAAGACAGUGCCAGGUUCCAAAUCAUCAACGAACCAGCAAAGGUUCCACUCCUGGCUGAAGUUUGUGGCAUAGAGGGAAAUAUUUUCAGACUUAAAAUCAAUGAAGAAAUACCCUUGAAACCCAGAUAUGAAGUUCCUGAUGUCCUCACAAGCAAGCUAACCACUGUAAGGCUGACUUCUUGCCCAGGGGAUACAGGCAGUCUGGUGUUGGCAAGUGGAAAAGGAGAUCUAAAGUGUCACAUCAUGGCAAACCCAUUCAAGGUCGACUUUGUAUCUGAAGAAGAGGUUGUAAUGAGCAUAAACUCCCUGGGCCAAUUAUACUUUGAGCAGCUGCAGAUUCCUCCCAAGCAAAGAGCUACCAAGAAAAAUGAGGAGGAUGCAUCAAUUGAUACUACUCAGGAAAAUCAAGAGGAACUGGGUCUGUGGGAGGAGAAAUUUGAAAAUUUUGUGGAUGUCAAAAUUAAUGGUCCUGCCUCCAUUGGUUUGGAUUUCUCUUUGCAUGGUUUUGAGCAUCUCUACGGAAUCCCGCAACAUGCUGAAUCACACCAACUUAAAAACACAAGUGAUGGUGAUGCUUACCGUCUUUAUAACCUAGAUGUCUAUGGAUAUAAAAUACAUGACAAAAUGGGCAUUUAUGGUUCAGUGCCUUAUCUCCUGGCCCACAAACUGGGCAGAACUCUAGGCAUUUUUUGGCUAAAUGCCUCAGAAACACUAGUGGAGAUCAAAACAGAACCUGCUGUAAAGUACACACUGACCCAGAUGGGCCCAGUUGCUGCUAAACAAAAGGUUGGGUCUCAAACUGAUGUGCACUGGAUGUCAGAGAGUGGAAUCAUUGAUGUUUUUCUGUUGACAGGACCUACUCCUUCUGAUGUCUUCAAGCAGUAUUCAUACCUUACAGGCACACAAGCCAUGCCCCCUCUCUUUUCUCUGGGGUACCAUCAGUGCCGCUGGAACUACGAAGAUGAGCAGGAUGUAAAGGCGGUGGAUGCAGGAUUUGAUGAACAUAACAUUCCUUAUGAUGUCAUGUGGCUGGACAUAGAGCACACAGAGGGCAAGAGGUACUUCACCUGGGACAAGAAAAGAUUCCCAAACCCCAAAAGGAUGCAAGAUCUGCUCAGAAGCAAAAAACGUAAGCUUGUGGUCAUUAGUGACCCCCACAUCAAGAUUGACCCCAACUACUCAGUGUAUGCUAAGGCCAAAGAACAGGGCUUUUUUGUGAAGAAUCAUGAAGGAGGAGACUUUGAAGGUGUAUGCUGGCCUGGUCUCUCCUCUUACCUGGAUUUCACCAACCCCAAAGUCAGAGAGUGGUAUUCUAGUCUUUUCGCUUUCUCUGUUUAUCAGGGAUCUACUGACAUCCUCUACAUAUGGAACGACAUGAAUGAGCCCUCUGUCUUUAAAGGCCCGGAGCAAACCAUGCAGAAGAAUGCCAUUCAUCAUGGCAACUGGGAGCACCGGGAACUUCACAACAUCUAUGGCUUUUAUCAGCAAAUGGCCACUACAGAAGGACUGAUCCAGCGAUCUAAAGGAAAGGAGAGACCCUUUGUUCUUACACGUUCAUUCUUUGCUGGAUCACAAAAAUAUGGUGCUGUGUGGACAGGUGAUAACACAGCAGAGUGGAGUUACCUGAAAAUUUCUAUCCCUAUGUUACUUACCCUCAGUGUGACUGGGAUCUCUUUUUGUGGAGCGGAUGUAGGUGGCUUCAUUGGGGAUCCAGAGGCAGAGCUGCUAGUGCGGUGGUACCAGGCGGGAGCUUACCAGCCCUUCUUCCGUGGCCAUGCCACCAUGAAGACCAAGCGACGGGAACCCUGGCUCUUUGGGGAGGAGCACACCCGGCUCAUCCGAGAAGCCGUCAGAGAGCGCUACACCCUCCUGCCCUACUGGUAUUCUCUGUUCUACUCUGCACACGUGGCUUCUCAGCCUGUCAUGAGGCCUCUGUGGGUAGAAUUCCCUAAUGAAUUAGAGAGUUUUAGUGUGGAAGAUGAAUACAUGCUGGGAAGUGCUUUAUUGGUUCAUCCAGUCACAGAACCAAAAGCUACUGUGGUUGAUGUGUUUCUGCCAGGGUCAAGUGAGAUUUGGUAUGACUCUAAGACAUUUGCUCACUGGAAAGGAGCGUGUAUAGUAAAGAUCCCAGUAACCUUGGACUCUAUACCAGUGUUUCAACGUGGUGGAAGUGUGGUACCAGUAAAGACCACUAUAGGAAGAUCCACAGGCUGCAUGACUGAUUCCCCAUAUGGACUUCGAGUGGCCCUGAGCACUAAGGGUUCUGCCAUAGGUGAAUUCUAUCUUGAUGAUGGCCAUUCUUUCCAAUACCUCCACCAGAAGCAAUUCUUGCAUAGGAAGUUUUCGUUUUCCUCAGGUGUUUUGACCAACAGUUGUGCUGACGAGAGGGGUCAUUAUCCCAGCAAGUGUGUGGUGGAGCAGAUCUUGGUCCUAGGCCUCAAGAAGCAGCCAUCUUCUGUGACUGCCCACUCAGCUGAUGGCAGCGCUCAGCCCGUGGCUUUUACAUACUAUGCCGCAACGUCCACCCUAAACCUGGAGACGCUCUCGCUGAAGAUUGGUGCUGACUGGAAGGCAAGAAGACUGAGACAUCAGAUGAAAGGAAGAAGUAACCUACUUAAUCAUGGAGAAGGGAAUGACAACCAACCCCAGUAUUCUUCCCUGGAAAAUCGCAUGGACAGAGGAGCCUGGCAGGCUACAGCCCAUAGGGUCACAGAGUCGGACAUGACUGAGCGACUAACACACACAAUCCACCUACAGCUGCACCGGCACAGCAAGGCAGCAGAAAGCCUAGACUUUGAACCUCAACAUCAGCUUCAGAUGCUCCCUCCUCUAUUCUACUCUUCAAGAGUAGCAGUAAAGACCCUUGUGCUUUUCCUUGGAGGGCUGGGAGAAUAA